ACAAAAUCCUCCCGUUCCACCCAUCUGCUAAUUCCCGAAACAAUGGGAGAAAGGCUUGCCCAUGCAGCCAGCAGCCUCAUUCCUGCUGCAGUGUGGUCUUCUUGGCGUUCACUCCCCUCCUGCUCUGAAGCCAGGGGAAGGCUCCACUGGACAGUGAGUCUGGGAUUCCCUGCACACAGUUGUGACCCCCAGUCCUGGGGGAAGCAGCAGGAAGGGCCCGCAGACUACUGGCAGGGAAUUCUUCUUAAAUGCAAAUAUUUCCUGGGAGGGGUCAGGUCCCUGCCGAGGGCGGAACCACCGCCAACCUUCCACCUUCUCCCCAGAUCUGGAACCUGUUUAUCCGGUUCCUCUCAACACUGGAAGAUCACCUCUUCUGUCCCUCAGUGCCCAGGGGGCGGGACCUGGGGCACUAUCCAAUCACGGUCUCUGUCGGGGUGGUGAGCACGGGGAGAUCACUUCUGCUGUCACUCAGGGCCCAGGGGGCGGGAUCUUGGGCAGUAUCCAAUCAGAGCCACCGGGCGGGGUCGUGAGAAGUGUCCAUCAGGCGCCUUGCCUGGAGGAGGUUGCGAGGUUUAAAAAGCCCGCCGAUUCUUCUCACACCCUUUUCUCCGCUCUGUGCUCGGUUGCUCCGGGGCCAGUACUGGCAGCAGGAGGUGGAGGGAGGAACCUACCGCAAAAGCUGGGAAAUGGAGCCUCGGGUUUUUCCUGAGAUUUCGAGAUAUAUGCGAAGCAGGGACGCAAAUCCGCGACUGUAAUCCCCGGCCUAGCUUCUAGGACUGCCGGCAAAUCUCUGGAUUUCCGGAUUUACACAGCGGACCUCCUGUCUUCAGUUGACCACAACAAUGUCAACUCUUCAUCCCCCAGGCUUUGUUUCAGACACACGAAUUCGCGCCAUUGCACUCCAGCCUGGGCGACUGAAGGAGACUUCGUCAAACAAAAAAAAAAAAAAGAAAAAAAAAAGCGAUUAGGAAAAUUCCUUUCCAUUUUCAUUGAUCUAAAAUGUGAUUUGUUUGGAUUUCAUAUAACUAUUGUUAAAACGCGCGCUCUGAAUGAAGAGACCCCAAACAGGCUUUGUGUGAGCAACAUGGCUGUUUAUUCACCUGGGUGCAUGGGUUUGGGGUGGGCAGUGGAAAGUUAUAGAAGUUACAGUUGGCUGUCUUUUUGCAGGCUGGGAGGGGUCGUAGGGUGUGGCAUAAGGAGGGUGGUCAAAGUCUGUUACAAAGUCCUGUGGCCUUGUCAGUGGAGGCCGGAAUGAGAAACAAUAGAGAAUAUCUUAAAGUUAAGUAGCCUAGGCGGGGGUUGAUAAUUUCUUCCUCUUUCUACAAUCUUACAGCCAUUUCAGGUUUUCUAAUUCCGGAAGGCCCUCUAGAGUUGUAUGUGCGGUUCAUAGGGGUGCCGUGCCGUCCACGGACUCAGUGACCUUUGAGGAUGUGGCUGUGAGGUUUACCCAGGAUGAGUGGCCUCUGCUGGAUCCUUCCCAAAAGAAUCUCUACAGAGAUGUGAUGCAGGAAACCAUCAGGAACCUGAAGUCUAUAGGAAUAAAAUGGAAAGACCAGAACAUUGAAGAUCAUUGCAAAGAUUCCAGGAGAAAUCCAAGAAAUCAUAUGGCAGAGAGACUCUGUGAAUGUAAAGAUGGUCAAUGUGACAAAACUUUCAGCCUAAUUCCAGAUGCUAUAAUGAACAAGAAGACUUUUCCUGGGGUAAAACCAUGUGAAAGCCGUGUGUGUGCAGAAGGCAACAUGGAUCCUUCAUCUCUGAAUUGCUGCAACGGAGCUGACACUGGACACAAACCAUGUAAGUGUCGGGAACAUGGAGAGAAGACACAUAAACGUAAGCAAUGUGUGAAAACCUUCAGCUGUCUCCACUCCUUUCAAACACAUGAAAAGCCUCACACUGGAGAGAAAGCCUAUGAUUGUAAGGAAUUGAAAAAAACCUUCAUUUCUCUCAAAACUGUUCAAAGACACAGGGUAAUGCACAGUGGAGAUGGACCUUACACAUGUAUUUGUGGGAAAGCCUUUGUUACUCUCAGUCUAAAUCUCACACAUGAAAGAUCUCAUACUGGACAGAAGCCAUAUAAAUGUAAUGAAUGUGGGAAAGCCUUUGAUUGUCUCAGCCAUUUUCAUAGACAUGAAAGAACACACACUGGGGAGAAGCUGUAUGAAUGUAAGCAGUGUGGGAAAGCCUUUAAUCGUUCCAGUAAUAUUCGAGCACAUGCAAAAAUUCACACUGGAGAGAAACCGUAUGAAUGUAAGCAAUGUGGGAAAGCGUUUCAUAGUUGGAGUUCUGUUCGAAAACAUGCAAAAAUUCACACCGGAGAGAAACCGUAUGAAUGUAAGCAAUGUGGGAAAGCCUUUACUCGUCCCAGUUCAAUUCAACGACAUGCAAGAAUUCACACCGGAGAGAAACCGUAUGAAUGUAAGCAGUGUGGGAAAGCCUUUACUCGUUCCAGUUACAUUCGAACGCAUGCAAGAAUUCACAGUGGAGAGAAACCCUAUGAAUGUAAGCAAUGUGGGAAAGCGUUUAUUCAGUCCAGUGCCUUUCAAACACAUAUAAGAAUUCACACUGGAGAGAAACCUUAUCAGUGUAAGCAAUGUGGGAAAGGCUUUAGUUUACCCAGUAACGUUCGAAUACAUGCAAGAAUUCACACUGGAGAGAAACCCUAUGAAUGUAAGCAGUGUGGGAAAGCCUUUUCUUCUCUCAGUUCCUUUCGGUAUCAUGAAAGGACUCAACACUGGAGAGAAACCCUAUGAAUGUAAGCAAUGUGGAAAAGCCUUUCUUCAAUCCAGUUCCAUUCAAAAGCAUGCAAGAAUUCACACUGGAGA